GGCGUUCAUUUGAGCGAAAUGAGCGAACCGUUCGCGUCUAGCGGUUUAUUAGUUGGCAAACGCGUGCUGUUUGCUAAAUAUAGCAAAUAUAAAAUACAAACUAGCCAUAAGUUAAUGAAUUAAUUUAUUGUGAUUAACAAACAAACACUGCCAAAAAAAUAAAAAUGCAAGCGACGCUGCUAUUAGUUGCCACCAGUGCAAUGCCAAUUUUGGCGCUAAUAUUUGCGGGCGCGCUUUUGCUGCAUAAGUUAUAUAUAAAUGUGCGCUGCCGCUAUCCGGCAAAGGUGAAUUGCUGGUUCUGCAACAAAGACACACAAGUGGCAUAUACGGAGCGCAAUAGCUGGACCUGCAGCGACUGCGAGCAGUACAAUGGUUUCAAAAAGGACGGUGACUACAAUCGUGAUAUAUGCAAUGAUAGCUCACGCUCCGAACAAAGCACAAACUAUGCCAUGCAGGGCACACAAGCGGCGCCGUCAAUGGCGCGUAACAAUGGACUCUGCGCUCAGUGCAAUGAGGCGCAGCGCUUGAAGGUUGAGAAGCUAGCGCAGUUUGAGCCGCGACAUGAAUCACGCUUUGAGCAGGAGCUAAAGCAAUACAAGAAGCAGCUGGAGCAACAGUUUCAGCUUUGCGCCAGCUGUGAGCGUCAUGUAAACAAAGUGCUCUGCGAGAAGAAGAAAAUUGUGCUGAGCUCAACGCUGCUGAAUCUCUAUAUGAAGGGCGCCAGUCUGCUGAAGCAGCCGCACUUCAAGCGCCUGGCGCGCGUCCAGCAACAACAACGACUGCGACGCUUGCAACGGCUUAUGCUGCUGCUCAGCUUGCUGCAACUCAUUUGCUUGCUCUGCAGUCUGCCGCCUGCAACACGCGCACAGUUCGAAGCGCUGCUGGGCGUUAAGCUUGCCGAACCUUUGUACUUUGUCUACUCACAUGUGUUGACUUUGCUGCGCGUGCUCAUCGACUAUGGCGCUAACUUUCUGGCCGAGCAGCCGCGCUUGAGCAAGUGCCUGCUCUUUUGCAGCACUUUUAUUAAAAUGCUGCUCUACUCCUUGGGCCUCACCCAGCUGCAGUCGAGUCUGAGCGUCUGCUUUAUUGAUGUUUAUCCAUAUGCCAUCAUGGCUUUAAGCUUUGUGCAUCAUUUGUGCGUUGGCUUGAAGUUUACGCGCGUUACGCUUCUGCUGAGCUUAUGGAGCAGCUAUGCGAUGCUCUCGCUGCUGCGUCUGGAUACAUAUAUUGCUUUGCUCUUCACUUUGGCUACACUCUGCAUUUUGCUUUAUCAUCGCUCCCAGCAGCAGCUGCUGCACUCCUCGCACAAUGAAUCUGUUGGCGAUAGUUUCCAUCGUCUCUGCGCGGACGAGCAGCUGAGCGAUGAUGAAACCAUGAGCAUGGUCAGCCAGCAGCUAAGCACUGCCAACAAUAGUUUAACCCCCUCGCUCGCCUCACCCACGCCCACGCCCACAGCCAGCAAAGCGUUCAGUCAGGUAGCACCCUCGGUGCUGUCAUUGGACUCGCUGCAUUUAUCGACGGCGCAACGUAUGUCUGCCACGCCCAGAUUUCGCCAGCCACCCAUGUCGCCCAUUUAUGCCGACAUGAGUGGCAGCUUGAUGGACGACGGUCUAACGUCUUCUUGGCAACGCAGCAGUCUACUCAAGCCCAGUUCUGUGCAGCGUCUGCCUACGCGCUCCACUCAAGCUCCACUUCACCAUGCGCCACCAUCACUGUUGCUGCCCUCACGUCUGCCCAUGCAUCAGCAACAUCAUCAGCAGCAACAUGUCAGCGCCUGGGUGCAGGCCAACUGCGCCCAGCCCAAUCUUUUGGAGCCACCUCACACUGGCAAUCUGCUGCAGUGUUAUGAGGACAAACAACUCUCGCGCAGCUCUUCGCAAUCCUCUGGCUUUGAGUCGCAGCCCGGCCGGCCACACUGGGAUCUCCGGCUAGCCUCAGCGCCGCCGCCAGCUUCAACGGCUAAGAGCAGCUUCUUCUGGGAAGACGCAGCUCAGCGUCCGCUUGCAAGUCCGCUGGCAUCGCCCUCACUCAUCCAUACAAAUUAUGGCAAUAGCAAUAACAAUUUGCAACCAGGCGAUCUGCUGCGCCGCUGGAUGGAUCGCAACAGCGCUGCUACGCAGACGAGCAGCGGCUGAGAAUUGACCAUUUGGGAAUUGUAUUUGACUAGUUAACAAUAUUAUUUUUUUCGCUUAUUAUACAACAACUAUACUUUGGAAUUAAAUGAACUAU